UGUUUACAUUUCAUUCAAGGAUUUUUCGCGCAUUCACGGAUUUUUGGCCGUAAUUUUAUUACAAUAUAAAUAUUACUUUCUCUAAUUCUUUUUGGAUCAACUGUUUACCGUGGCCGUUCGAAAGUUAAGGAAAUGACGAGUGAGGAAGUACGUUCGGUGCUGAGGAAUGACUUUGAUACAUGCCGAUUUUGCCUGGAAGCGGAAGUGCCCCUGCGACCAAUCUACGAAUCGAUCCCAGGCAAAGCUAGCAUCGUCAGCAUCAACACCACCAUCCGAACCGUUCUCAACAUGUUGGGCAUUGAGGUGAGCCAGGAUGAUGGAUUCCCAAAUCUGAUUUGCCAAAACUGCCGACAAAUGAUGAUCUCGAUCCAUAAAUUUUAUGAAACCAUGAAACAGUCAUUGGACAUAUUGAAAAAGGCAAAAUUACUGAAAGAAUUUCCAGAUGUGCGAUUUGACGAUGGUGAAAGCCCUGCUACGAUCAAAAGUACAUCUCCGGAAAUCAAUGAUAUUUCUGAGCCCGGGAAGUCUGACAAUGACGAAGAUGAAUAUCUUGAAUUUUUACCUGAAUCAGCAGUUCAACCGGAAGAAUUGCCGCUAAAAGAUGAAGACGAACAAUUCGAGAUGCUAGAGGAAACUUUCUCUGAAAUCGCUGCCGAAUCAUUAGUAGAACAUGCUGACCAGGAGGUAAAAGGCGAACCAGUUGAAUUCGAAGAAAUCGAUUGGAUGGUUGAUACCGAGAGCGAUGAUGAACUAGAGGAAUACAUUAUUGAAGAAAUAGAUGAAACAGCUCCGUCAGAAACAAAUUCUGAACAUCAGUCGAAAAAAGUUGACUCAGCCCCAACUACGAAAAUUAAACGGACCCAAAAACGCAGGCCACAUUAUAGCCGUGUCUGUCCUAUUUGUGGAAUAGCAUCCACAUCGCUCAAGGUUCACAUGUUAGUCCAUACCAAGAUUCGGGCCUUCCAGUGCGAACUGUGCGACAAAAACUAUUACACCAACAAUAAACUACAGACGCACAUCAAAGUCACACACAACAAAAUACGUGAUUUCCAGUGCGAAAUUUGCUCCAAAACGUUUGCCAUGAAGAAAACGCUCAAUGCUCAUCUACAAUCGCACGUCCAGGAUCGGUCCCAUGUUUGCUCCGUUUGUAAAAAAGGAUUCCUGUUCAAGUGGGCUCUAACGAAGCAUAGCCGGAUACAUACCGGUGAAAAGCCGUACGUUUGCGACAUCGAUGGGUGUGGCAAGACGUUCACAACUUCGUCCAAUCUGAAACAGCACCAGAAUACAAAUUUCCACGCGAAUCUCGACACCCGAACCGACAUCUGUUUGGAGUGCGGCAAAACGUUUCAGAACAGAUAUGCCCUGAGGGCGCACAUGAAAACGCAUGGGAAGCAACAGCCACAGUCUUCGGGCGAUGAUCAAUAA